GAAAACUAGUCGACCGAGAGCAUUUAACAUAAGUAGUGAUUUUUCCGUCCAGUUGUGUUGUCGUUUCUGCUAAAACCGAGAUUGUUUGCAGCCUACAACAUCUCCGGCAGCCACCUGUAGAAAGUUCGCUUGCGGUGCAAGAAAGACGCGACGCUUCUGCGCAGUAAUCAUGCGCAUUGCUGUCGUAGCCUUGAUUCCCAAUACGAGUCAAUUGGUGUAGAAGUAGACAGAAAGCAGGUAUCUGUGGAACUUUGCGUAAAAUCUCCUAAGAAAAUCCUACAAUGUCAGACGACGAUAAAGGCGAGAAGAAGAAGGGGCUUUUCAACAGUCUUAAGAAGAAGAAGAAGGGUAGGAAGAGUUUUCUAUCUCGUUCGUUGACACACAUCAGCGAGAUGAGGUCACAUCGACGGUCGGUAAAUUUCGACCUCAAACAGGACGAGACAACGAAUGCUGACACAAACCAACCACACGACCAAACUCAAACUAACCGAAAACAUUCAAACAUAUCUUUAGGCGGCGGCCAAGCUCCCGAGAGCCCGGGUGGGCGACCUGAAAAUCUCUCGCUCGACGGCGAGAGCUCGCCUGUGGAAUUCUCUCCGGGCUCGACGGCAGCGGCGGUUGCCAGAAGUGGCAAAUUUGCCUUCUUCGCUCUCUCUGUAGAGCUAAAGGAGGGCAUAAACUUGGCCGCCAGAGAUAAGACAGUGGACUUUCACACUCAAUUCUUUCACGAUAAACCAUAUGUUAAACCAAUCACAAGAACGCCAGGUACUAGCGAUCCCUAUGUUAAAUUCAAGGCUGAUGGAAAACAAAUUUACAAAAGUCGAACCAUUCCCAAAAAUCUCAACCCCCAAUGGAACGAGAAAUUUUGCGUCCCGAUCGAGGACAUCAGCAUGCCGCUUGUUAUCAAAGUUUUUGAUUUCGAUCGUGUCAGCAGCGAUGAUCCGAUGGGAACUGUCACUGUUGAUUUAUCAAAAAUGGAAGUUAACAGACCAACAGAUCUGACGUUAGAUCUUCAAAGUGCCAGUGGAACAAAUGAAAAGCUUGGUCAGAUCACAGCAACCUUCAAUUUGAUGCCAAAGACGAACGAGGACAGGCAAGAGUUGAUGAGACGGGCCAGUCAACGAAGAGCAGCUCAAGCAAGAGAGAGUGGAAAAGCUCUACAAAAAGAUGGAAUUGUGUCGAUUACGUUGGUCGAAGGACAGAAACUGAUUGCUAUGGAUGACAAUGGGACCAGCGAUCCGUAUUGUCGUUUCAAGCUGGGGAAUGAGAAAUACAAGAGCAAGCAUUGCAAGGAAACGUUGAACCCGCAAUGGAAGGAACAUUUUGACCUGAAAUUCUUCGCAGAUACUGACAUGAUUUUAGAAGUCAGUGUGUAUGACAGAGAUAUCAGAAAGGAUGAAUUCAUGGGAAGAGUCAACAUCGAUCUUACAAAAUACGAACGAGAAAGAUCGCACAAGAUCGAGGCAGAGUUAGAAGAUGGUGCUGGUAUUGUGAUCAUGCAUGUGGGUGUGACUGCGAUCGAUAUUCCUGGGUGCGAGUCGGACCUCAACGCUUACGUCGAGGAGCCGAACAGACGAGAGGAGAUUGAGAAACAGUUUGCCCUGAAGAAAACUGGGAAGAAGAUCAAGGAGAUCGGGUGGUUGCAGGUUAAACUUCACAGAGCAGUUGGUCUUGCCGCGGCUGAUAUUGGUGGAGCCAGCGAUCCAUUUGCUGUCAUUGAGUUGAACAAUGCUCGACUUAUGACUCCGACAAUAUUCAAGACAUUGAAUCCACAAUGGGAGAGGAUAUAUGAAUUUGACGUGAAAGACAUUCACGAUCUCCUACAGAUCAGUGUGUAUGAUGAGGACAAACGAGGCGCUCCGGAUCUACUCGGCAAGGUUGCUAUACCACUAUUACAGAUAACCCCGAGAGAGAAGCGUAUGUACCAACUCAAAGACAAGACGUUAGAAAAGAGAGCAAAAGGGCAUUUAAUCAUGACCCUUGAUGUCAUUUAUAACCCAAUAAGAGCUGCAGUCAGAACAAUCAACCCGAGAGAACCAAAAGUGUUGUAUGAGGCACCGAAGUUUAAGCGACAGUUACUACAAAGAAACAUCGACCGUAUUGGUAAAAUUGGAGCAAGUGUUGCCUCGACAGGAGCAUUUGUUGGUUCACUCUUCACCUGGCAGUACAAGUUCCGAAGUGCUUUUGCAUUCCUUGUCUAUAUUAUGUUGGUGUUGAACUUCAAUCUCUACCUUAUCCCACUUGGUGUUCUUCUGGCUUUUCUCAAACAAUAUGUAAUCCAUGUCUUGCUCACUGAACGAAACGUGAAUCCCGAGGAUCAGGAAGGACCGCCACAAGACGACGAGGAAGACGAUGAUGAUGACGAGGAAGAUACGAAGAAGAAAGGCGAUAAAGGAAAGAGCUUUAAAGAGAAGAUGGCGAUGAUAACGAAUCUUUGUCAAACCAUUCAAAAUGCUUUGGAUAACGUCGCGUCCAUGCUUGAAAGAGCUAAAAACUUGUUUAACUGGACUGUUCCGUUCGUAUCCACCAUGGUGUGCGUGGCAAUGACAGGCGCCACGCUAGUUCUUUAUCUUGUGCCUAUCAAAUUUUUGUUGCUGGCAUUUGGUAUUAAUAAAUUCACAAAGAAAAUCCGAAAACCAAACGCAGUCGAUAACAAUGAAUUGAUGGAUCUUCUAUCAAGAUUACCUUCGGAUCCACAAAUUAAAGAACAGAAAUUACUCAAAACAGAUCCGUCGUUGCGUUUGAAGCGAAUCGAUCCUUAACACAAAACAUUUUCGUGCAUUUCCCAUUUCAUUUUCCAGUUUAUAUUCCAUGAUAAUGUCAUUACGUGCUGUGGUUUCACAACCAGCUUUUGUAUGAGAAUAUGAGAGUGAGACAGUGAAUUUAUAUUAGCAGUAUUUGUAAUACAGCAUUACCAAUACAUGCAUCAUUAUGUCGUUUGAGAUAUCGUUAAAAUAAGACGCUCCAAACAUGACCAUCGUACGUAUUUUCAACUGAGACUGAGGAGUAUUUAUUCAAACGAAAAUGAAAUGAAAAUUUGGUUCGUAGGCGAUUAGGUAAAAGCGAAUUGUAUUUAUUGGAAUUUAUUUAUUCAUAUUAUAUUUAAAUGUACAUUAUAAGGUUUUAUUGUAUAAUUGUAAAUAGUUUUAAGAUAGUAAUUGUUCAGUUCAUCAAUUUUUAGGUCAUUCAAUAUUUUUCACAUACAAUUAUGAUAAUAUACACACAAUAAAAGUUUGUUUGUUUGUUUUCUGA